AUGGCCUCAUAUCUAGUGACCGGCUCCUCCCGGGGUCUCGGAUUAGCACUGAUAACGCGCCUAGCAAGCCUGCCAAAGUCCGAAGUGGGAACCAUCAUCGCCACCGCUCGCCGAGACAAUUCCGCUCAAAUCAACGAGAUUGCCAGCGCCUCAUCAGGACGAGUGCAAAUGGUGAAACUAGACGUCACCGAUGAAUCCAGUGUGAAAAAGGCCGUUGGCGUAGUAGAGCGCCAACUGCAAGGUAAAGGGCUCGACUAUCUAGUCAACAAUGCCGGAGUGACAGACUGGUCUCCAACGGGGUUGGAAGGAAUGGACAAUCUAAACGAGGUCUUGAAUGUGAACGUCACGGCGCCUCAUCUAGUGUCGCGCGCUUUUCUGCCUCUUCUUCGCAAGGGCGAGAAAAAAACAGUAAUAAAUAUAUCGACGACCCUUGGCUCUGUAGCUAUGGCCAAUGCGUUCCGACCCCUGCCUACCCCGGCAUAUAAGAUCUCGAAGGCAGCAUUGAAUAUGCUCACUGUGCAAUAUGCCCAGCAAUAUGCGGACGAGGGCUUUACUUUUCUUGCGAUUAGUCCUGGUUGGCUUCGCACUGAUCUGGGUGGUCGUCGGGCUCAUCUUUCAGUUGAAACGGGUGCUGAAAAGGCAGUAGAAAUCAUACAAAAGGCAACGCCGAAGCAGAAUGGAAAAUUCCUGAACAUACAUGUUCCCGGAUGGGAGGCGCCAGAGGGCGCAGAUCAAUAUGAUGGCGAAGAGAUUCCAUGGUGA